AUGGAGCUAUCAAACAAACUCCGUUGGGACCAGUUCCUGAUUUUGGCAGCAGCACUUAUGUCACCUGCAUUAACGGUGCUGUGUAAUGAUAUCCUCAGCCUGAAGGUGGCAGGAGAUCCAGUGCUAACCCCUAACUCGGUGUGCCUGAGGCUGGCAGGCCUCAGCAAGCGUCAGAUGCGGAUGUGUGUGCGGAGCCCCGAUGUGACAGCCUCGGCUCUGCAGGGCAUCCAGGUGGCCAUCCAUGAAUGCCAGCACCAGUUCCGAGACCAGCGCUGGAACUGCUCCUCAUUGGAGGCCCUUGGCAAGCUGCCCCACCACAACACCAUCCUCAACAGGGGUUUCCGCGAGAGCGCCUUCUCCCUGGCCUUAUUGGCAGCGGGUGUGGCUCACUCUGUGGCCUCGGCCUGCAGCAUGGGCAAGCUGCGGGGGUGUGGCUGCGAGGCCAAGCGUCGGCAGGACGAUGACAAGAUCCGGCUGAAACUCACACAGCUGCAGCUGCAGACCCUGCAGAAGGGUGGGGUAGGCAUCGGCAUGACACGGUCAUUAUCCUUGGAGUUAAAUGGUCGCCAUGGUGACCUGCCCACUAACCUGCGCUCCACCCACCCCUCUGCCCUGCUCAAGCCUUUACCAGAUGAGCUGAGUUCCAUGCAGGAGACCUGGGAGUGGGGGGGCUGCAGUCACGACGUCCGCUUUGGGGAACGUUUCUCCAGGGACUGGCUCGACUCCAGCGGGUCUCCAAGAGAUAUCCACGCUCGCAUGAGGAUACAUAACAACCGGGUGGGACGACAGACAGUGACUGACAACAUGAAGAGGAAGUGCAAAUGUCAUGGCACAUCAGGGAGCUGUCAGUUCAAGACCUGCUGGCAUGUGUCUCCAGAGUUCCGACUUGUGGGUUCUCUACUUAAGGAAAAGUUCCUGUCAGCCAUUUUUGUUAACUCCCAGAACAAGAACAACGGGGUUUUCAACCCUCGAACGGGAAACGGCGCCAGCGGGAGCACAGCAGGGCUCAACGGAGGUCGUCGUCGCAGCAUGUCCAGAGAGCUGGUAUACUUUGAGAAGUCUCCUGAUUUCUGUGAGCGUGACGCCUCUUUAGACUCUCCAGGUACACAAGGACGCAUCUGCAACAAAACCAGCUACAGCACAGACAGCUGUAGCUCACUGUGCUGCGGCCGUGGACACAACAUUCUGAAACAGACACGCAGCGAGCGCUGCAAUUGCCGAUUUCACUGGUGUUGCUACGUGCUUUGCGAGGAGUGUCGUCUCACAGAGUGGGUCAAUGUGUGCAAGUAGAUUCCAGUUCUCCCACUCCCAGCUGCCUUUACCCGUUCAGGACUCAAGAUGGCAAGCC